AUGGGCCCAGCUUCACUGCAGGAGGAGAGAGAGUCGGAGAAAGAUUCAAAGAGGGAGAUGGAGGGCUACCGCUGCCUUCUGCAGGCCGGCUCUCAGCUAGAGAGCACUCUGCAGCAGGUGACUGUCCCUCUAAGCUUGAAGGAGGUUGGAGGCUACAUAGAGAAACAGGUGGCGUACCUGUCAGGGGGCCGUGGGGAAGACUCCAGUGUCAUCAUCACCCUCCCAGAGAGCUCAGCUUUUAGUGACAUUCCAGAGGAAGCGUUAGCCAAAGUCUUUACAUACCUCACUCUCAUCCCUCGAACGAGGCAACCCGGAGUCAAAUUUAUCAUAAUUUUAGACCGAAGACUGGAUACAUGGGCCUCUAUCAAAACGGCACUUGCCAGGAUAGCAGUCUCCUUUCCUGGGAACCUCCACCUGGUCUUGGUGCUCCGACCCACCAGCUUCUUCCACCGCACUGUUACUGAUAUUGGCUUUCGCUUCAGCCAAGAGGACUUCAUGCUCAAGAUGCCAGUGGUGAUGCUGAGCUCUGUCACAGACCUGCUGCGCUACAUCGAUGAAAACCAGCUGACUUCAGAGUUCGGAGGCACUUUGGACUAUUGUCACAGUGACUGGAUUGUUCUACGAACGGCUAUUGAAAGUUUUGCUGUCACAGUCAAAGACAUUGCACAGAUGCUACAGGGCUUUGGCACGGAGCUGGCAGAGACGGAGCUCUCUGAUGAGGGGAAAACCAUCGAGUAUCUCCUCGAGUCUCACACUGACAAGUACAGGAAACUCAAGCAUGCAAUCAGGUCAGUGUCAAAGGAAGGUCGCCAUCUUCUCGCAAGCCUGGAGACCUCCGGAAAGGAGGAUGACUCCCAGUGGGAUGUGAGGCUGGACUGGGAGACAGUCCAGAGGCUUCUUGCUCAGCUCAGAGACAUGGAGUCAGCCUUCGAUGGCUUCUUUGAGAAGCAUCACCUGAAACUCCAUCAGUACCUGCAGCUGCUCAGAUAUGAACAAAGCUUUCAGGAGAUGGAGUUGUGUCUGGAGCAUCUGGUGGGUCAGGAGAGGGAGCUGUCCAUACAUGUUGAUACUCUGGCUCAAACAGAACAGGCUCUCAAAAGGUUGGACAGUCUGGAAUCAAAUGCACAGGAGGUGAUGUCUCGAGCUCAGAUCAUCAUCCUUCACGGACACCAGCUCUCCGCCGGUCACCAUUACGCCAUGGCUCUUAUUAUGCAGCGUUGCAACGAGCUUCGCCACUACUGUGAUACACUCAAUGCUGCUCUCAAGACCAAACACACUCGUCUUCUGCAAACACACCAGCUGCUGCUUUGUCUUGGACAGGCCCAAACCUGGUGUGAUGAUGGAGCGUAUCUGUUGGCCAAUCAGCUGGUAGAUAAGUACCAGUCUAAGGAGGGGGCUCAGGCUGCUUUGAGGGACAUUGAGAGGUUUCUGGAGGGGGCGCCGUCUAUGCUGAGCUCAGGACCUGACAUGCUGGCCAUCGAGUACGAGGCUGUCAUCAUGCCUCAGCUGCAGGCCCAGAUAGGGAAAACGUUUGAGAAGCAUGCAGCAGUGCAGCAGAUGAUCCAGAGCCGACAGGCUUGUCUCAGGAAGCUGGCUGAUAAACAUGUGCGACCGAUCCAACUGGUGACCCCCAGGCCUGAAAACACACCACGCUCCAAGUCCCCACUCUUCUCCCCCAAACAUGGUGAUGGUUUGAAGUUCACAUUCGACAUCUCUCUGCCUGGGAAGAGAGCAUCCCGAAAGAGCCCCAACACUAGAAAAAUAGAGGUGAUACAUGACUACAAGGAGAGCCGGAGCUGCGUGUCGUACUUUCUGGAUGGGGAGGACAACCCAGAUCUGUUGAAGCGUCAUGUGAUGAGGGAACUCAUAGAGACAGAAAGAAUCUAUGUGGAGGAGCUCCUGUCAAUUCUGCUGGGUUACAGGGCUGAGAUGGACAACCCAGCCCUGUCAGGGCUUCUGCCCCCGAUCCUGCACAGCAAGAGGGACAUCCUCUUUGGAAACAUGCCUGAGAUCUACAAUUUUCACAGCAGGGUUUUCCUCCAGGACCUGGAAGGAUGCCUGGAGGCUCCUGAAAGUGUGGGAGCCUGUUUUCUGGCACGGAAAGAAUAUUUCCAAAUGUAUGAAUGCUACUGUCAGAAUAAGCCACGCUCUGAGGCGCUGUGGAGGCAAUUCUCAGACUGCGGCUUCUUUCAGGAGUGUCAGAAAAAGCUGGAGCACAAACUGGGCCUGGAUUCCUACCUGUUGAAACCCAUCCAACGCCUCACCAAAUACCAGCUGCUGCUUAAGGAACUUCUGAAAUACAGUACAGAUGGCGAGGGGACUUCAGAACUGCAGGAGGCUCUAACAGCAAUGCUGGACCUGCUCAAAUCAGUCAAUGACUCCAUGCAUCAGAUAGCCAUCACAGGCUAUGAGGGUGACAUUUGCGAACUGGGCCGCGUGUUGAUGCAGGGUUCUUUCAGUGUGUGGAUCAGCCAUAAGAAGGGUCCCACACGCAUGAAGGAGCUGGCUCGCUUCAAGCCGAUGCAGAGACACCUCUUCUUGUACGAGAAAGCUCUGCUCUUCUGCAAGCGGAGGGAGGAGCACGGAGACGGCUGCGACAAGACCCCCUCAUACAGCUUCAAGCACUGUCUCAAGAUGACUGCUGUGGGGAUCACAGAGAACGUCAAGGGAGAUGUGAAGAAGUUUGAGAUCUGGUACAGUGGCAGGGAGGAAGUGUAUGUGGUUCAGGCUCCUACAUUGGAGGUGAAGAUGGCCUGGCUCAAUGAGCUUCGUAGAAUCCUGACUAACCAGCAGAAGCUUCUUAGAGAUGAAGCACAUCAACACGGCCAAAUUGUUGGACACAUGCAGAUUUCUCCUCCACUCUCUGAGAGCAAGCAGCAGAGGGCGUCAGUGAGCUCAGAGGACACUGAGUCAGGGAGGAGCAGUCCGGACCCCCAGCCUCACUCCCCUAAACACCAGCACAACCGCAAGAGUUGGCCCGGAGCUCACAACUCGGUAGACAUCUGCGAGGGUCUGGAGGAGUGGUCUGGUGGUCGGGACGCCUUCCAUCCAUCUGACACAGAGGAGGAGGUUUUGGUGCAACUGUCUCCAGGCAGAUACAGGACUUUGGCCGACUGUCUUCAAAAUGGUCCAGACAGCAUCACCAUCAAAUGUGGAGACGUCAUCCAACUGCAGUGUGAAGACAACAAGGGACGCUGGCUGGUGAAAAACCUGAGUCGGCGACAGGAGGGCUUCAUAGCAGCUGCCAGCCUGCAGCUGAUUCUAGUAGACAGCAGUCAAGGACACUCCUGCAGACUAGGAGAACCAGGGAGGCUGAAGGCGAGAAAGCUCAGCUCCCCGUAGAGAAGAUGUGGAUGAUGAACAGAAGGAACAGGUUGAGCCAUAGCUGUCUCUGAUCAGCCACCCACUCCUCACUCCCCAGUGACGUCUUGCUUUCUCCAGCACAGUUCAAUCAUUAAAGAGAAAAAAAGUGGGAAUCGACAGACCUGACUUUCUUCCAGGUUAUGAUUGACGAUCUACUUGAAGUAAUAAGUGAAGGUGUGCUGUGACUCAGGAACUGUUUAGCCCUCUUGGACAAUCAACAGGCGAUUCUUGGAUCCUGAUCGGUCUUCCUCCUUUCCAUCUGCUAACUCACAUAAAGUCGGGAUGUGAGGUUGCUGCUGUAGCGGUUUGUCAUUUCACAAUCGGUGGACCCUUCCUCAUUCCAGCUCGUAUUCGAGAUUCUAGCAUCUCCCGAGUGUGCGUUCCCAGUUUGUCUCAGUGUGUGCUGGAUGGAUGGUCGUCCAGGAUUUGCCUGAAACAUUUCAUAAAAAGCAGAGACUUUUGAACACCUGCGGUAUCAUUUUUAACAUUUAUUGUACCUCAGUGUUUCAUCGUUGUGUAGUCAGUUGACAUUUUGUCCAUUGGAAUUCCUUCAUUGUAUUUUUCUUACAUUUCAUUCCUUAAGGCACCACUCUUCUGUACAGUCUAGGAGUUAGAAUGCCAAAAUGUGCCGUGCCAUAAUGCCUUUUUUAUUCCUGCUCUUUUGGAGUCUCUUGUAUGUAUGUUCACAAAAUCAAAUGCUCUGUUAUUGCUUUAACCUGACCUCAUAAAUAUUCAACAGGCACUUUAAUAAGGUGGAUGGACAGGAGAGACACAAAUCCACCAUUUGUCUACUGAAUGUGCGCUUUACCUCUCUCACGGUGUAUUUCCUCUUACUCAUGCUGUUAUUUCCUUUGUUUAUUCCUAAAUGUAUGAUGUGUUAGGGAGUCAGGGGAGACAUACCCCCUGCAUGCAGGCAGCAGUUGACAUGUCAGCGAUGGUAAUGUAAGACACAAGGGCACGUGAUGAUGAUUGAUGGCGAUGUAUUCCUCAGAGCGCAGUGUAGACGAGGGAGAGCGAGGCAGAGUAGAAGAAAACAGAGAGAGAGAGUACCCCUCCAUCACGGAGGCAGGUUGUUUCCUCCUCACCAUUACAGCUCAGUUAAUCUCGGGUUCUCCAUUAAAAGGGAUCAUACAGCCAACAUGAAAUAUACCCUGUGUGUCGAACGCUUAAUUAAAUAUUGAUUGCAGACUUAUAUGAAUUUACCACAUCAAAUCGAGGCCCCAGUCAGAGGGCUGCCUUUGAUUCGCUUUGUUUGAUAUGGAAAUGAGUCUGGAAAGCAGCAGGGGCUGCUCCGCACUACACAUUUCCUAUGUUGUUAAUUUAUUUAUUUAGCCGUCAUGUUGUUCCUUCAUAUUGUGAGGUAUCUGUGCAGCUCCGAAUGAAAUUACAUCUCCAUAUAUUUACAGGAGCUCCGCUUGACUGCACAUCAAAACCCCUUUUUAUUAAUUUUUUUAAGCCUAUAAGACAAAAUCAGAUGGUUUCUUUGUAACUUUAAUCCAAAAAUGCUGCAGACUUUGCACAGAUUUUCCAGAUUGGAAAACAAAAGACAAACAUGCUUGAAACAUUAUGUAUCCCGAUGAGCCAAGUAGCCUGAGCUUGUUGCUGAAUGUUUCUUUUAAGAUGAAAAUGCAUGGCAACUGAACAAUGAGCAGGUUUGUAUUGUUAGACAGUCACUGUUCUAAACUGGCUUGUUUUUUUUGAACAGCUUCAGUUCUGUAAAUAAAUAAGAAAAAAAUAAACUAUUUAUUGCAAUAAUUGUUUUUGAAAUAAUUCAAUACUUGUGAAAUGUUUGGCUUAAAACUAAGGCUGCUCCUCUUUUUCAUGCACCCUGAUUUAUUUGUUUUUAAUGGAAGCCAAUUUAUAUAAUAAAAUUGUGCAGACUUUU